ACCAGCCAAAAUCAAUCUCAUCACGAUGGAGAGAUGACCAACAAUUACCCCGAAGGAGGUUCCGUUGGACCUUAUAUCGACGAUGAUGGCGAGUAUGUGGACACCCUACGUCCCGCGGUAACCACACCACAGCCAGUUGAUGACGUCGACUACCUGAACACCGUAACCCCAUCAGCGCCACCUGGAGGACAUUACCAGGAACUGCAGCCUUCUGUGUAUCAAAGCCUUCAACAGCCUGGUAAUGACGUAGGCUACAUGGAAACCCCCCUGAACACCGUAUCCUCUUCAACCCCACCCGGCGGACAAUAUCUGGAACUGCAGUCUUCUGUAUAUCAAAAUCUUCCACAGCCUGGUGAUGACGUCAACUACAUAGAAACCCCACUGGACACCGUAUCCUCUUCAACCCCACCUGGCGGACACUAUCAGGAAUUGCAGCCUCCCGUAUAUCAAAACCUUCAACAGCCUGGUUUUGACGUCAACUACAUGAAAACCCCCAGAGACACCGUAACCCCAUCAACGCCACCUGGCGGACAUUAUAAGGAACUGCAGCCUUCUGUGUGUCAAAGCCUUCAACAGCCUGGUAAUGACGUCGACGACAUGGAAGUCGCCCUGGACACCGUAACCCCAUCAACGCCACCUGGUGGACAUUAUCAGGAACUGCAGCCUUCAGUAUAUCAAAGCCUUCAGAAAUAUUGAAGUUGGGAUCCAAUUUUGUACCAACCAGCGAGGCAAAUUCAGACGUAAUACUAUGUAAACCUGGGGGCUGUACGAACCCAUUUUUCUUGAAAUAUGUUCUUUGAUACCAUAUCCAUGAUAUUCGAAGAACUAAAACAAGUUUCAUUUCUGAUCGGUUUAUCGUUUAUGUUUAUUAUUUUUACGGGGUUUAGGUGACAGGAUCGGUUAGUGUUUAGAGCCCAUCAGUACACUGUACACAGUUAUAAAACUUGUUAAUUUAUAAAAUCAUGCCCGAAGGCUAAAUUGCUUAGUCCCAAUAACUAAGAGAACUAGAUAGUGCGAUACAUAAAAACUAGUGUCUAAUCAACUAUAUGAUACAAUGUAUACUAUAUUGUCGGGUUUGAAUUCUUCUUUGAAGGCAAUAUAGUUAAUCAACUGUCCCACGUUCUGUAUGAUGAUGGGAUUUUGUGCUUUUAGUAGAAAUAUAGUCUUUUGAUGAUCUCUCAGGUGGUAAUAGCUUGGUGAAAUUGUGACAACUGUUUGAAAUAAUUUGUUUCUUUCGGAUUAGGGGUACACUGACUGAUAAAAUCUAUAAAAUGUAAAAUAACUAAUGAUUUUCAUAGUUUUGAUCGAUGCUGUUCUUGAUCAAAUGGGAAUAGAAUAUUUGUUGACAAGAAGCGAAACCGGUAGAACGUUCACAAUAGAACAUAAUUUGGAUAGUUUUGUACAGAUGCCUUUGAAACUGCGAUAUAUUCUGCAAUAUAUACAUUAGUAUUCCUUGUAUAUGUACUUAGUGCAAUGUGUAGCUAGUAAGAUUUCUUUACUUACUAUAGAACGGAAUAUAAUUUGGUUGACUUGCACAGAUGUUACUUAAUGUUGUAGAAUAAUUCACGAAACAACAUUUAAUGUACCAUCAAAA